UCCUGGAAUGAAAGGUGAUAAGGGUGAACCUGGAUUGAGGGGUGAGCCUGGAGAAACUGGUUAUCAGGGUGACAAGGGAACGGCUGGUAAUCCAGGCCCGACGGGACCACGUGGAAAACCAGGACCUCUCGGAAAAACGGGAGAACGGGGACCACAGGGGCCUCCAGGGCCACCAGGACCUGAGGGUUUCCCAGGAGACAUUGGUGCACCAGGACCCAACGGCCCGCUGGGACCAAAGGGUCUUCAAGGUGCCCGAGGCCCCCAGGGACCACCAGGGCCAAAAGGAACAGAGGGAGACGAAGGCCCCCCAGGUCCCCCUGGAAAGCCUGGUCCCACUGGCCGAAUAGGUCGGAAAGGUUUCAUCGGAGAACCAGGACCCGAAGGCCUGAAGGGAGAAAUUGGUGACCAAGGGAAUCCUGGGAAACACGGCCCCCCUGGUCCGGCUGGAUUGAUUGGAAUAACCGGAGUGAUUGGACAGCCUGGAGAAAAGGGCGAUCGAGGUCCUCCUGGUCCUUUGGGUCCUCCAGGAGAGAAAGGGUCAACAGGGUAUCCGGGUCUUCCAGGAGUUCCUGGGGAUUUCGGCCCACAAGGUCCACCAGGUCCACAAGGACAGAGAGGAGGAGCAGGCCUUCCUGGGCCCAAAGGGAGAAGGGGCCCGAGGGGACCUGACGGCCCUCCUGGAGAGCCGGGCCCUGAGGGCAUAAAGGGUGAAAAGGGUUUGCCUGGGAAGAAUGGACCCCCGGGAUUCAUUGGUAAAGCUGGAGCUCCAGGGAAGAGAGGACCAGCAGGAGCACCUGGUAAAGCAGGUCCUCUCGGCAGCACAGGUGAAAAAGGUCCUCCAGGUGAACCUGGCUCCAGAGGCCCUCCAGGGGACCCAGGACCAGAUGGAGAGCAAGGUCACGAGGGACCUCCAGGACCUGAAGGAGAGCAGGGACCUGUGGGUGAACCAGGGAUCAAGGGUGACAUGGGGCCUGUCGGAGAAGAGGGUGAACUGGGCCAACUGGGCAUCAGAGGUCCUCCAGGGCCACCUGGAGAGGACGGACAUCAAGGGAAGGAUGGACCAAAGGGUGAGCCAGGUGACCGUGGACCAAUGGGAGAAGCCGGAGAAAGGGGUGAGAUUGGUGACUUUGGCCCACUAGGACCUCCUGGAAAUCCUGGGGAAAAAGGCUACCCGGGACCAGAGGGCAAACAAGGUCUGCCCGGCAACCGUGGACGUCCAGGAAAGAAGGGUGAAAAAGGGUCACCAGGUCACUUAGGAGAGAUGGGCUCUCCUGGCGAAAUCGGACAGACAGGGGAGAGAGGACUCAAAGGUGCUCGUGGAACCAGAGGACCCGCAGGUAGACCAGGAGUUAUGGGACCUCAGGGAGAACCGGGACUUCAAGGUUACACAGGUCACACUGGCAAGCCAGGUCCAGCAGGCCCCCCGGGACCAAAGGGAGAAAAGGGAUAUCCAGGAGAAGACAGUAAAACGGAAGGACCACCCGGGCCCUUAGGUGAACCAGGCUCUCCAGGAGAGAAAGGGGAACGUGGGGAACCAGGAGAUGAUGGAUAUCAGGGUCAGGCAGGGGUCACAGGUACCCGUGGAGCGAUUGGUCAGCAGGGAUCUCCUGGAUCUCCUGGGCUUCCUGGUGAAGCAGGACCCGAGGGCGAGAAGGGAGUUCAGGGACUCGCUGGGCAGAAAGGAUCCCGAGGUCCCGCUGGAGAGCCAGGUCCUGAGGGUCUGGUUGGUUUGCCGGGGCCCAGAGGGACGGACGGGUAUCCGGGAUCCGACGGGCUUCCCGGUCUUCCUGGUUUUCCAGGUCCGCCUGGAUCCAAAGGCCAAACAGGUCAGCGUGGCGAUAACGGUCUGGAAGGGGGGGCGGGCCUUCCUGGCCCGCGGGGCGAGCUUGGACUACCUGGAGUCAUCGGAGAGAGAGGGCCAGCAGGGUCAAAGGGCGAGAUGGGUUUACCGGGCGACGGAGGACCGGCGGGUGCUAAAGGCAUGGAGGGGGUGGCGGGAGACCAAGGCUUGAAGGGAGAACAAGGUGCCAAAGGAGAACCAGGUGAGGUGGGAGACGCAGGCAUGAUGGGACUCCAGGGGUUUCCGGGACCCAAGGGUCCGGACGGAGAUCUGGGAUUCACUGGUGCUCCUGGACUCAAGGGACCGGCGGGAGUUCUGGGUUUCUCUGGUCCUGUAGGUCCGGUGGGGAUGAUCGGUCCGGUGGGGAAGCCUGGUGCCAGAGGACCUAAAGGAAGCCAUGGAGAGAUGGGGCCUCAGGGGCCACAGGGGAGUCCAGGGCCACAGGGGGCUCCAGGUUUACCCGGCCCUUCGAUACGCGUCAGUAUGGACGUUCAAGCGCUGAUGGAGGCCGACGCACAUCUUGAGCACGAGAGUUACCAGAACAGGGCGGGGUCUCUGUCGGAGAGGAGCGCUGAGAUCUUCAGGACGCUGCAGUAUCUGAGCGGUGUCAUGGACGGCAUGAAGACGCCGCUGGGAACCAGAGAAAACCCGGCUCGCUUCUGCAGAGACCUGCUGGACUGCAGACACACCAUGAGCGACGGUCUGUUCUGGAUCGAUCCAAAUCUGGGCUGUACGUCUGAUGCCAUCCAGGUGUUCUGUAACUUCACUGCAGGUGGACAGACCUGCUUGAACCCCGUUACAGUUGAUAAGGCCGUGUUUGAUGUCGGGAAAGUCCAGAUGAAGUUCUUACACUUGCUGAGCAUCACGGCAUCCCAAACCGUUUCCCUCCACUGCUACAGUGACCCGGCGACGGACGCAUUGGAGACGCCUCGCCUGCGUUUCCGGGGUUGGAACGGCCAGGUGUUCGAGGAAACCUCACCUCUGAGUCCACAUGUGGUUCUGGACGACUGUGAGAUCCGUGAUGGCAGCUGGCAUCAGUCCCGAUUCCUGUUUCAAACCCAGGACGCUCAGCAGCUUCCCAUCGUGGACAUUCAAAGUGUCCAUCCCUCACGUCCAGGAGACCAGCGGCACGUGGAAGUGGGUCCUGUUUGCUUCCUGUGAAAUCACUGAAGGACUUGAAACGGACCUGAUCCUCAAAUCAGAGCAGUGGUGAACUGAGUGACUGCCUGAAGAGCGUCUCCAUCCCGGGACGUGUGUUUUGAGAGACUGCUGUUGUGUUUUAUCUGUUGUGGUUCAGUGUGUCAGGUGAUUUUCUUCCAUUCAAACAUGCACCAAGUCUUGGGCAGAGUCCUUGUGAAUUGUACGUUCAAUCUCGAAUAGAUAAAGAGCCAGACAAGGUUGAUCUUGUAAGCAAACGAUGAAAAGGCCGAGACGGUGCUCUACCUCCUUCACGUACAGGUGCUCGUGUUCAGGUGCAUCCGGCCCGAAACAAACUCUACGCAAGUGCAAAGAUGCAAACUCCAUUUAGUGCUUCGUCAGGUUUUCUGUCCAGACUGAACAACAGUUUGAGGUCUUAAUCAGUGGAUGAAGUUAUAACAACACUAACGAUGUUUCCAUCCAUUUGUCUAAAAUGAAUUAUGGCAUAUUAAAAAAAAAAAAAAAAAAAAAAAAGUUUAAUGAAAAUGUCAGGAAGUGCAUAAAAUCAUGAAAAUUCGUUUUUGCAUAAAACGCUGCAUGGAAACCACAAGGAACGCAUAAAAAAAAAUAAAAAAAAAAAAAAAUAAAAAAAAAAUUGCAGUAUCAUAUUAGAAAAGAGGUAUGAAAAUGUCAAGAAUUGCAUAAAAUUUUGAUUAUCACAUGACAAACGCUGGAUGGAAAGAUGAAGAAGUGUAUAAAAUUGGGUUUUCAAAAAAAAAAAAAAAAAAACAGCAACACUGAAUGGAAAUGCCAAAUAAUGUAUAAAAUCAUAAAAUAUCACAUAAAAAUGCUGAAAGAAAAUGCCAAGAAGUGCAUAAUAUAUAUAUAGUCGGGGUAUCGCAUAAAAAACUAUGGGCAUAAAAUCGUAAAAAAUCUUUAAGGAUUUGCAUAAAAACAGGAUUGGAAAAUCCCCCCCAAAAAUAUCACAGAAAAAAACUGAUAAUUUUGGAAUAGCGCAUAAAAAACGCUGGAUUAAAAUGCCAGAAAAAAAAGCGCAUAAAAUAUAAAAACAAAACAAAACCUAAUCUCAAAAGUUUUGGGGUAUUACAUAAAAAAACACUGGAUGGAAAUGCCAAGAAAUGCACAAAACCUUUUUAAAAAAUGGGGUAUAACAUGAAUAAUGCUUAAUGAAAACACCAAGAAGGGCAUAAAAUCUUUCAAAACUGGGUAUUGCAUAAAAAACGCCAAGAAACCUAUAAAACUAACAUUUCUGGACGGAAAAGCCAUGAAGUGCAUAAAAUCUUAAAAUAUUAACAGCAAGAUCCUUCAAAUCAUAUUGAGGUGGCUAUUUAUUUUGUUUUGUUAGAGACCGUUCAUAAACUAUAAUCGUUUGAUUGUUUUAGUAGCCUGCUGAUUAUUUGCGGCGGUUAAAGAUUCUGUUUGCUUGAACACAUGGGAUGCAAACAGCAUUUUAUUCGCAAAUGUUUUAUGCGAUAUCUCAAUUUUUCUGCAUCUUUUUGAUGGAAACAUCACAGACAGCCUUGGACGGAGGCGUUUUUAAGGAUUUCUGUGUUUGCAGGGCAUCGCUGUGUUUGCGUACAGUGUGUUUCUGGCCGUAAGGUGCUGGCUUUUUCUGUUGUACUUCUGCGCUUGGUCAUUUCGAUCACAACAAUCCUAAUUUAUAUGAACAGUGUGUUGAUGAUUUCUGUUACACAUCGGCUUGAUAUACUUUAUAUGUUAAGGAGAACGUUCACUCAUUACCCUUAAAGAGACGCCACGAAUAUCUCACCUAAAUCCAAGAAUAAUGAGAUUUUUUUUUUUUGUGACUACGUUAUUUGAAACCAUUUAAAAAAGUUCCCAGGUGUCAAUUUAUGAGAUCUUAUGAGAUAUUUGUGACAUCUCUGUCGUAUGGAAGCCGUUUCUGCCAGAGAAUAGAAAAACAGAAAGUCUAUAAUCCAUAAUUCUGAGUUUAUUUCUUGCAGUUCUGUUUAAAAAGUCAGAAAUGGGCUUUCAGAAGGUCAUUGUCGGUCGACUUCUCCGUGGUGCUGUCGUAUUCAGCGUUAGCAAUGAGGUAGUCACUUUUUUAUUUUACCCUUAUGUAUAUUUGGACAUUAUAUGUUUGAUUAUUUAUGUUAUCUUUUUUAAUUCUCCAAAAAAUACUGUACUCCAAUAAAUUAUGAUAUCGCUCUGAGAUCUAUCUGGUCGCUCACCGUUUAGUUGGAAAUCUUAUUUAUGUCAAAUUUGUAUUUGUAUAUAAACACAAAUAGGGAGUGUAUGUUGUGUUCUGGUGUCAGUAUCAAAACUGUCACUAAAUGUGCUUACAGAAACAAAACAAGACGGAAAAUGUAAAUAUUCUAUAUUUUGACAUUAAAUAAAAUGUAUGAUUUAA